ACGUGGUGUGUCACUGCAACUCGCAUUGUCUCCACCAACAGCGGCGUGCCAUUCUCACUUCGCGGUCUGCUUCAACACAAUUCUCAUUUCAGGCUAUGCACACAAUUGUCAGUGACCAGGAUGAAAUCGGACAAGCUUGUGCGCAGAGUCGUCUGAACCGUCCGUAAAAUAUCAGAAUGUCCCACAAUCGGGACCCGAACUCUACCCCAGAUGGGUUUAGGGUCCUGAACACGAGUGAGCUGCGAGAGCUUUUAAAAGAUGAAGAAAAAAUGGACCAGAUCGUCAGACUCAGUGAAAAGUUCCAGGAUCUGCAGGUGGACAGGGAGACCCUUCUGACCUCUAACCGGAGCCUGGCCGAGGAGAGCCUUGCCCGACGGCCGCGCCUGCAGAACGGGAAGCUGCAGCUGGCCGAGAAGUACAAGGAGCUGGAGAGGCUGAACGCAGCCUGCAGGGAGAAGCAGAGCCAGCUCGAAGCCAACACUGAGAAGCAUAGCCCCCAGACUGCCCAGAACCUUCUCCAGGAAGAGGUCGCCCGUGCGGAGGAGGAAUCGGAGGAUCUCCUGGAGAGGUUCAUGGAAGGCCAGGUUCCCCUGGAGGGCUUUCUGGAGUCCUUCCAGACCUCCAGGAGGGUGUACCACAUCCGCCGUGCUCAGGCCGAGAAGAUCCAGGAGUUCAACAGGCCCGAGCGCAACCUCCUCAGGAAGCACAAAAAAGCAGAGGAGGAGAAGAAAGCAGAGCAGCAGGAGGCACGCCCAAAUGGUUUCGUCGCCCAGGGGCCUCCCCGCGUCUUCCAGCUCCGCUACGGCCUAACCCCCGCCAUCAUCCUGCCACACUACCCCCACCCCUCCGCCCCCGCUCCCCCCCACGGAGCCAGCCUACCUCCCCUGGACCCCCACAUGGGCCAGGCCCACGCUUUGGGGCCUAGUGCUCCGCUCUCUGGCCCCGGCCAGCCGGUGGGCCUCAGAGUGAUCGGACAGCUUCCUGGGUGGCCGACCAGGCCCAUGCGAUUACAGCAACUCUACAGGCCAAACCACCACCAGCCGGAGCCUCCAUUUCGAUAAUGCUACUGCCUCGCUUCUUUGGGACUUGGAACAAAUGAGGCCUGCUACAUGUCGCAGAGUUCACACAGAACACACACUGCCCGUGGCCUUUUCAUUUUGGUCAUCCCAACUGCCCAUAAGGCAUAUUAACAUUCUCAAAAGGGAGUUCAACAGAAGCCAUAAAGUCCCACAAAUGUAGCUACAAACGUGCCAGUCAAGAGGGAACAAGGGACAUAAUUCUUGUUGUUGUUUUAUUUUCCUGGAAAGGACUGGUGGUGGCAGCUAGGCUAUACCAGGCCCAAAGUGGCACCACAGAGGCUAAUGGAGAUCACACAGGCCAGCUGGGAUCUGUAGUUCCACACAGAGGGUCCCCUGUCUGUUGAUGUGUCUGAAAGCAGCGGGGUUUUAUAAAUGGCUCAUUUGUUUUGUUUUUGGUGUCGAUUAAUUAAUAAAGUCCAAAUCAUGGUGUUUAUCAUGAACCCAAAAA